GGAUGGGGAAGUUAGCAGGAGGCUCACUGAGCCUGAGGCAGAAGUGAAGGUGUUUCUAGACCCUGGUCCUGGCCCUUGGAAUGGAAUGAAGCUCCUAUCCAUGUGGGUGCUGGCAUCUUUUAAAAGAGGAGUUUGGAGGACAGUUGUGCGCUGGGGUAAGCCAGUCCUCUCCAUUUCCUUGGUCACAGGGAGAGCCCUAUACAUGCCCAAGCCUCAGAGGCCACUAGCAUACCUGGAAUUCAGUAGUUUUUGUAGGCAGAUGCCAGGGCUAGAAUUUUUACCCUCUGGCUAACGUUUCACACAUAAAUCCUUUUGUAGAUAGAGUGAUAUGAGUUGUCACAGGAUGUUUCCUAGCUAGGUGGUCCUUGCCCGAGUUCUCUGUGUUAAGCAGUAGCUCUUGGGGUCUCUGUUUCUUAAUCCAAAAAUAGUGACAGGUGUGAGAGAUACUGGAAAGCAGGUUUGGGCCUCCCAGUUAGCGCCUGUCAGCCUACAUCAUCCCCAGGACCUUGAGAGCUUCAUUUAUGAAAUGUUUGCUCUCCUGUCUCUGUUAUCUGUGCAGUAGGGAAGCUGUGGCCAGGGGGUGGGCCCUGCACAUUGCCUGGGAGGAGCCUGACCAAAGUGGUUUUUUGAAGGAGGAUGGAAAGAUCAGAAUGGGGAGAUUUGGGCUUCGGUCCUGCUGCCCAGCCCCAGGCUGGUUUUCCCUGAGCUAGCCCAGGUGUACAUCUUAUGAGGAUGCCUAGGCCACUCAGAGCCAGGUACUGAAGGCUGCAAGGCCAGGAGGGGUGACUAGAGAGCCACAGCAUGUAUAGUACCCAGGUUCACACCAUGGUGCCUUGACUGGCUGCCCCCCUCUGCCAUUCCUCAGAUACUAGUUUGUUACCUGAAUUGAAAAUGGGUCAGGUCUUGAUGAGGGAGGAGCCAUCAGGCUGGAGCACAGGGCUCAGAUUCCCACCUUGUGCUCUUGGAGCCCAUGGCACCUGAAAGCCCUGGCAGUGUCUGGUCACCUCUCUACCAGAGUUGGCUGAAGCAGGCAACCCCAGGGCCUUGUCCACUUGCUGCCCUCCAGCAGAGCUGGGAGACUUGAACUAGGCAGUUGGCAGGGACCAGAGAGGUGACCAAACUGGGGGACAGAGCCAGCCCAGUACAGGGGCUUCUGCUGUGGCUGUAGAGCCUGAGCAGUUGACCUGAACAGGAGCCCUGUGUGGUGUGUGACUAGUACCUGUCUGUUUGCAAUGGCCCUGACCCUCUAACCUGUGCCUGUGAGCCACCAAGAGUGAACUAGAAGUGGUGCCAUCAGCGCCCUGGACCAGUGACAGCACAGAUCCUCUGGCAAGGGGGGAAGGGGAGGGAUGAGGAAAAACAAAGGCGAGCGAGCGCACUCUCGUGGAGGCUUACAACACCUCCCUGUGCCUACCCAUGAUGUGUCAGUCAGAGGCACGGCAAGGACCAGAGCUCCAAGAGCAGCGAAAUGGUGAGAUGCUGCCCGCUGAGACCUAAUCCCUCUGUACCCCGGCACAACCUCAGGAAGGUCAGAGCUCAUGUCCAGCGGCCCCGAUGUGGAGGUGGCAGCAGGGGGCCUGGGAGUGAGCCCCCUCGGCUGGAGGGGCCUGGAGAGGGGGGCCUGAGUGCCCUGAGUAGAAGAACCCGCUUCAGGUUGCACUUCCCCCAGCUGGCCCUGCGGCGGAGGCUGGGCCAGCUGAGCUGCAUGUCCAGACCUGCUCUGAAACUGCGCUCCUGGCCCCUGACCAUCCUCUACUACCUCCUGCCCUUCGGCGCCCUCAGGCCACUCAGCCGGGUGGGAUGGAGGCCUGUGAGCAGGGUGGCACUGUACAAGUCAGUGCCAACGCGCUUGCUGUCACGGGCCUGGGGUCGCCUCAACCAGGUGGAGCUUCCUCACUGGCUACGGAGGCCUGUCUACAGCCUGUACAUCUGGACCUUUGGAGUCAACAUGAAGGAGGCUGCUGUGGAGGAUCUGCACCACUACCGAAACCUCAGCGAGUUCUUUCGGCGUAAGCUGAAGCCUCAGGCGCGACCUGUCUGUGGCCUACACAGUGUGAUCAGCCCAUCAGAUGGGAAGAUCCUCAACUUUGGUCAGGUGAAGAACUGUGAGGUGGAGCAGGUAAAGGGGGUAACCUACUCCCUGGAGUCAUUCCUGGGUCCUCGAACCAGCACAGAAGACUUGUCCUUCCCCCCAGCCUCCUCUCGUGACUCCUUCAGGAACCAGCUGGUCACCCGGGAAGGGAACGAGCUCUACCACUGUGUCAUCUACCUGGCCCCUGGAGACUACCACUGCUUCCACUCCCCUACCGAUUGGACUGUCUCCCACCGGCGCCACUUUCCUGGUUCCUUGAUGUCAGUGAACCCCGGCAUGGCCCGUUGGAUCAAAGAGCUCUUCUGUCACAACGAGCGGGUGGUCCUGACAGGGGACUGGAAACAUGGCUUCUUCUCACUGACGGCGGUGGGAGCCACCAACGUGGGCUCUAUCCGUAUCUACUUUGACCAGGACCUACACACAAACAGCCCAAGGUACAGCAAGGGUUCCUACAAUGACUUCAGCUUUGUAACACAUGGCAACAAAGAGGGUGUCCCCAUGCGCAAGGGCGAGCACCUGGGCGAGUUCAACUUGGGCUCCACCAUUGUGCUCAUCUUUGAGGCACCCAAGGACUUCAAUUUCAGGCUGAAGGCAGGGCAGAAGAUUCGCUUCGGGGAGGCACUUGGCUCCCUCUAGGCCUCUUCUUGGCUGUGGCUGCCAAGGGAUCUUUCCACACAGGGGCAUGAGGGUCUUUAGAGGAGCCCCAGGCUGUCUAGGUGAGGGGCACUGCGGAGCUGACCUAGUAGGACCUAAAUGAUUUGUUCCUGCCUGUCCAGAGAUGCAGAUGAGAGGUCCUAGAUCUGUCUCAGGCAGCCAGUCUAUAAGGACCUGGGCCUCCUUUACAGAAAGUACAGGUGGGAUGACCUUAAAAAUCAGAUUUUUUUUUUUUUUGAACUUUGUAUAAACUGGAGACCCUACAUUUCCUGGCUGAACUGAACAUUCAGUUCAUCUUGGUAUUGUGUGAAAACGGUUGCGUACCCUCUAGCUGCUCCUCCUGCCUCUCUGGGUGGUCUUCUGUUAGCCCCUCUUGCUAUUCUGGCCUUAACCCUCUGCCUUCCCACACUGUGCACUGGGUUGAGGUGCUGGCACCCCAUUGGCACAGACUGUGGAUCCAUACUUUCCUUAGAACAGGCUAUAUGACCUUCAUAACUGCUUUCUGUUCUCAAAUUUACCUCUCUGCUUGCUAGAAAAGUGAAAUCUUUUAUACAUUGCUGAAUGUAUUGCCCAGGACUCUGCCAUUGUGUUCUGACGACAGUGACUUAAUGAUGUAGACCCGAGGAACGACCAACCCGCCUAGUGGUUCCCCGAGUGACUGGGGAAGGUGGAGGCUGAGCCCUUCAAGAAAUAGGGGAAGUUGCUGCCAUUGGUCCAGGCGCUAUGUUGGUGGCAGAGGGGCCCAGGUGUAUGGUGGGCCAGAAAACCGUCUCAGGUGACUGAUGGGUAUGCACGCCACUGGGAGCCCAUUGGUAGGGGCAGGGCCAGAUUUCAUGUUGAUCUUGGGGAUGCUGUGAAUUUCUCCUGCAGGAGAAGUCAUUGAACUUUUUCAACUGUAUCAGUAGCACAGUAUUUUGUAUGAAAAGUGGGAGACUUCUGAAUAGUAAUUCAUUUAAUUGCAAGACAUUUUGAAAUAAAUUUAAAAAAAAA